CUUUUUUGUCCAGGGUCACUGAACAACUGAGAAGCCAUGCGUAAAGCUUGGGCUCCGCUCUGGCUGCUCUCCUCCCUGGCCUUCGCUCCUCGCCUUCCGCCCCAAACCCCGCGGCGCGCCGCAGCCGCGCGGAGCGCCGGAGAUCCGCGGCGGGCGGAUCUGUCGUCGGAGCCCCGAGUGGCGGAGUUCCUACGGCGCCACGUGGCCAACGAGGAGGCGUUGAUCCGCGAAAACGCGUUCCCCAUCGCGCCGGAGGAGCUCCUAGUGCUGGCGAAGUACUUCUUGGCCACGGAGAGCCCAGACGCGCCGACGCCGGGGGACGGUUCCAUGCUGGCGGAGAACUUCACGUUUCUAGGGCCUGUGAUUGGGCCUCUCAACAAGGAGGAGUUCAUGGUGAACGUGAAAGGCAUCGAGUUCUACGCGGCCUUCCCAGACGCCACCGCCCAACUGCACCACUUCCGGGUGGACCCCUUCGAGCCCUGCAGGGUGUGGUACACCUGCCGCGGCACGGGGCAGCACACGGGGAAGGCGGCGCCGGGCACAGACACCGCGCUGCUCAUGGGCGAGCCCACGAAGAUCCGGUACGUCAAUGCGCCCCAGGCCUGCAGCGUGCGCUUCACUGAGCAGGGCCUCGUGGAUCAGUUCACCAUUGGCUACGUCAUGGACCGCUCCGUGGGCAACACCGGUGGCCUCGGGGGUUUCUUCGGGCCUUUGUUCGCCAUUGGCAAGAGCUUUCCCUUCGCAGAGGGCCAGCCCUGGCGUCCCUCCCUGGGAUACCAACUCUACGUGAGGCUGGGUGCCUUUUUCAAUCGCCUCCGCUGCAAGCUGGAGGGUCGGCCAGAGGAGGAUGGCAUCUACAUGCCCCAGGGCACUGAGGAGCUCCAAAGAUGAGCUCCGCGUCGAGGCGCGACCCAGGCGCUUCGGAGAGAUGAUGUCUUGUCUUGUUUUGCUUGGGUUGGCA